AGAUGAAGAGGUGAAAAACUGUGAUGUUGCUGCACUAAGUAACGGCGAUAUUAGAAGGGAUGAUGGUGAUCAUUAGGAAUUUUCAGAUUAUUGUUUUCUUGCCCUCUUGGACUUCCGGGAAAAAGCAAAAAUAAAAGGAGUAGAGCUUGAAGACAAAAGCAAGAGGAUGCAACCUCCAGAGGAAGAGGAUGCAGCUUCCGUUCCUCUAGCGGGAGGAGCUCCGCUAUUCAGACAUGGACUACCAUCUUCCUCCACUCCGCUAAACUCGAACGCCCUCGAACACCGAAUCAUGAAUCUCGAGGUCCAACUGAAACAAGUUCUAGGAGUGUAUGGAUGAAGAUUGUAUUGUAUACUUACUUAGGUUUUUUCAUCUCUGAUUUAACAGACCCUCGAAUCGACGAUGGUCUGGCUACUUGGAUGGACCACGACAUGGAAAAAAAAACCUUCUUGUUGUUCUAAAAGAUACGAACCGUUCCGUUGGAGCGUGAGGUGACGAAGCUCCGCGCUAGGGUGUUCGAUCUCGAACAGUUGGGUAAAGAAGAAGGCAACGCAAGGUUAGAGGCGAUUGAGGCAGCUAAGGUGGCAUUUUCGACGCAGUUGCAACAGUUGUUAUGAGUAGAUAUUGAGGAAUUUUUACUCGAUGUAUGAUAAUUUAAAUGUUGAGUUUAAUUUUUACAGUGCUGCUGCUGACGAUGUGACAUUUGAUUGAACAACUUUCUUCUUGAGAUUUAUCUCAAAAACUUGAUGAGAAGUGCAAGUGUCCUCCUUUCAGCAUUCAUCUCCAUGAUGUUUACCUCUAACUGCGCAAUCCGAAGCCGUAAAGUUCAUGCAGGAAAAGGAGAAAGUCUCGAAUAGUUUCAUCGCUGUCCAGCAACACCUUGCUGAAGGACAACAACGCGUAGACACCCUCUCCAAUCAGCUGUUUGGUGAGCAAACAACCAUGCGACAGGGUAUAGACUUGAUGCGAUCGCAGCUAGAGCAGAUGCAAGCUGAAACGAUGCGGCGUUUAGCGGUGAUGCAAGAAGAACAACGGCAGUCAAGAGCAAGAAUGCAAAUGCAGAUAGAAGGUAUUAAUGUACAUGUACUAGAUCAUGAGAGGAAUUAUCAGAAUCAGAGUCAAGAAGUGCAAGUAAUGCAGAAACUGGAGGCAAUCGAGGCAAGGCAACAUCACGAUCGAGAAGAUAUUAGAAACAUCUUGCUUGCAGAAAGAAGAGCGAGACAAAUCGAAAUUAAAGACGUGGCAGCACAGAUUGUUGCGAAAAGACUAGCGUCUUUAAAAGAAGAGCUGCUCAUUUCCUCGAAGGGGCAACAAGGACUUCAAAAAGGGAAGAUCGGCGAUGCCGCGGCUUCUGCCGAGGGUGCAAAUCACGAAGGAUGCAAUGUCAGGGGUGCAAUGCUGCACGAAGGGUGCUGCAGCAAUGCCGCUAGAACUGCCGAGGGUGCAAAAAUGUCAGGGUGCAAAAAUGUCAGCCCGUUUUCCGGUGCAGCUAGAAACGACGCAGUUACAACAGGCAAAGUGGAAGACCUGUUGCAUCUGCCAAAAUCUGGUGAUCGUAACGGAACCCCUCCAACAUCAAGACCAGAGCAGCACAUGCAAAGGCAGCAGGAUCAUGAAGAGCAUACUCAUCAGAGGAACAACGAAAAAGAUGAGCAGGAACGACUAGUAGAGGAUGUGGACCCAUUCGCUUUUGCCCGCGAUACUAUUACGGCUCAGCUUUCAUGGGUCAUUGAGGUUAGUCACUGAGAUCGAAGAGGGUCUCUUCUUAGAGAAAACGUACUACCGGAAAAGGAAGGGGAAACAAAGGGAGAGGCGUGGGGCCCUUUUCACUCAGAAUCAGUGACCACUGAUUGCUGACCUUUAAUACUACUUCGUGUUUCUCGACGCGCACAUGUGGGCGAGAAGAUUUUAGUUCUUCAGUGGGGAGCAGUCCUCCUCUCAAACUCCUUAGUGUCCCUGUUGACCACACGCUAAAUUAUUUUGCUGAAGCUGUAGAUGAUGAUACUCCUGUGCAGGACGGAGAGGACGAACAGGAAAAUCAGCCGUUUGGGCGGGGAGUAGAAAGAGGAGCAAAGCAAACAGUAUCGUCCUACCAGGAUAGUGCUAGUUGCUCCUCGGGGCUGGGAAGAGAAGCAGAUGAAGCAAAGCAAACAGUAUCGUCCUACCAGGAUAGUGCUAGUUGCUCCUCGGGGCUGGGAAGAGAAGCAGAUGAAGCAAAGCAAACAGUAUCGUCCUACCAGGAUAGUGCUAGUUGCUCCUCGUGGCUGGGAAGAGAAGCAGAUGAAGCAAAGCAAACAGUAUCGUCCUACCAGGAUAGUGCUAGUUGCUCCUCGUGGCUGGGAAGAGAAGCAGAUGAAGCAAAGCAAACAGUAUCGUCCUACCAGGAUAGUGCAUGUGCAAGUGCUGGCGUGGUUGAGGAUGACAGCAAUACGAGUGAUCCUGAAGAGUCUAGACUAGAGGGACAGGCGUCAGCGUCUGGUGAACGUGAAGCCAAAAGGAGAGGGGAAGAUGAAGUACUAAAGCAUGUGCUGUCAACAAGCAAGCCUAGGGCAGUGGCUCAGACUCAUCACCAGCACCAUACUUCUGCUUCAACUUCGAGCACUACUCCCUCUUCAUCUGGGAGGCCAAAUCGCAAUCACAUUCAGCAACAUCAACAGGGACAGAUGAAUUUGCCUGUAUUCGCGGAGCCGCACGCCAUCUAUCCUCAGCAAAUCCUACGAUAUGGGAAUACUGUAGUGAGAGCACCAGGAGGAACUUAACAUCUUCCACAGUAUCGUCACCUGCUGCGCCGUCCUUCGUCAUCAGGCCCUGGGAUGCAUGCCCUUCCCUCGUGCACCACCUACGAAGCAAUAUGUACCACGACCUGCACCUCGAACACAUAGACGUACCAACGCUAUCCUCACCUUCCAGUAUUCAUCUUGGUACACAUGAAAUACGUACUGGAAGGUGACGAGGAUAGUUGUACUGGACAGUGUAGUCUUGGUACUAAUUGGUUAUCAGUAUCGAACAAGGGAGACCACCACCACACCCCUCGCCUUUAUUUCCUGCCAGACAGCCAAUCUGGAAGGUGAGGAUAGUACUUUUUUUUUGGUUGAUAGUCCUCGGGGUCAGCUCUUGCAUCAUGGAGAUAGAAAUGGAGGCGGCGCCGCUCUUUCAGCUUCACUCGGAGUUAAUACUUCUGUGAUGCUGAUGAAUGACUCUUGUAGAACUACACGACAGUUUUUGCACAAUAAAUCCAUAAGGAAGAAAUAGAAGGGUAAAAG